AUGGCAGUGACAGACAGCAGACAGAUCCCACCGGAUUUCACAAGACGCACGAGCCACAGGGCCAAACAACACAGCCUGUCACCUCCUGUGGCUGAGCAUGAUGCCGCAGAGGUUCUCUUGGCGGGGCACUCGGGCGUUGUCUUCCGGGUACCGAACGGCAGCUUACCUAAGGUACUUGCAGCCAUGUACUCGGCCUCUAAGUCUGAAGAGGAGGCUGACGAGAGACACACCGCGAUCAAGCUCGCCAUCAUCAAACACGCCCACCCCAGGGACGUUCCAGACGCCAAGCCAGGGCGGAAUCAGCCUUUAGCCCUUCACGAGAUGAAAAAGUCAAUUGGACCCGUCAGGCCAGCCGCCAGCCGUGCCAGCCGUGCCAGCCUGGUGCCCAUCGACUCGGACAUGCUGUGGUGGACUUGUGGUGACGCCAGGCUGUAUCAAUCUGGUGCUCGCGACCUCACGAUGAUGCACAUGUAG